AUGCUGCCUUCCCGACUGCAUCCUCGUAGCUGUCCCGCACACCAGGGCGCCGCGCCGCUGGGCCUCAACUCGCCACUCGAAGUGUCCAAGAACUCCGGUAAUGACGCGUCGCGAUCCUUUCUGCAGCGAUGGCUGGAGCCCUCGGUACAGACCAAGGCUAGCUAUGAGCAGGCUGGAUUGAUGCGCUCUGGCGUGCUGGAAGGCAUGGCGCCUCUUGGAGUGCCGCCCAAGCCGAGGAAGCCGGAGAACGGCGAUGGCAAUGGGAGCGGCAGUGGACACGGCGUGCGCAAGGUCAUUCUCAGGACAGGCGGCGCGGGAAAAGACAGAAAUGGUGCCAGUAGCAGCGCGGAGAGCAACGGCGAUAAGAGCGUGACGGCUGCGUCGACGAGCAACGCCACGACAGGCAGGAAACGCGCGGCAUCACCGGGAGAGCGCCCGACAGUCGCGUCGUCUCGCCGGUCGCUGCCAUCCAAGGUUGCCCCUAAGAAAAACGACGAUGAUGAUGAUUACAAUCCCGGGGGAAAUCGGCGCAAGAAGCCUGCGCGACGAUCCCAGGCAGCCAUGUCCAAGACUCAGGAGAACCAAGAAACUGAGGGGGAGCAGGCGGCCCCAGCGCUCUCGCCAGGCCUCAAGCACUAUCCGACGGCGUGGGCUCUCAGAACGUUGUACGACGAAAAGUCUGAAGACCCCGAGUUUGACUCCAUGGUGACGGACGUAUUACAGCAAACUGCAGACGAUGACACGCUUGAUGAAUUUUCCAAGCACAUCGGGGACAGGAAGCGCGAGGGCGGGACGGAGAAUGGCGACUGCUACUACUUUGCGCCGCCCUCGACAGCGACGGCAAAUCGCCGCCUGCAAGCGCACACGGCGAGGAAGCCCACGGACGCGCAGUACGGCGAGCUGGUGAAGGACAGCGAGGACGAGGAGGAGAUUGAGGAGCCAGAGGAGCUACAGUCACCAGUGGCGGAAGCGGAGGCGGAUGAACGCGAGGCAGACGAGGGUGAGCGACGAGCUGCCAAGAAGGCCAAAACGUCACACCCAUCAUCCGCCAGCGGCAGAAACAGAGACUCGGGACCCAACGGCACUGCAGGGAAGGGCAGUGACGGCAAGCAAAACGCGGCAGCAAGCACGGCCACGGCGGAGUCAGACACACCAUCACGCAAACGCCGACGGCGCAACUCGGCAUCGAGCGAUUCAUCGCUAUCAUCAGCCAUGACGCUGCCGUCACCAGAAAUGCGCAUCAAAACUGGCGCAGCCACUAUUGGUGCGAGUGCUGGCAACGGCGACGGUGGUGGUGGUGGUGGUGGUGGUGGCAGUAGGGGGGCCACUUCUGGACCGGCAACUGGAACGGCGACUGGAGCCAGCACCAGCACCAGCACCAAGCCCCGGACCCAAAAGCUCAGCAAACCCAAGCAGGGUCAGACCAAGCUCACCACUACCACCACCACCACCAGCGGCGACGACGACCACAUCCCAACACGGCCCAACACCAUUAGGCUAGCAAGGUCCGCUGCCGCCGCUGCCCUCAAACCGCUCUCCAAAUCCAGCUCAAUCGCAGCCUCCCCGGAGCCGAGCUCUGAUCCUACCUCACCUUCUGCCCACAUCCACUCAUCCAGGGCGCGUCAGGCCAGCAUGCCCGGCAGGCUGGCCGCUUCCUCGGAUCUGUCUUCUCACCUACCAAAGUCAAAGGCCAAGUCAAGGACCCCAGUGGAUUCUGAUGCACCCAUGCAGCAGGACGCCGAGCGCGAGGGAGGGCCUGAUGAGGACCUCGACGCCAUCUGGAGAAGGCGUCGCGAUGCGCAAAACAUGACCAACAAUUACACAGCCGCCGAGAGCUCGGUGCGCAGCGGUCGCCAGCAGCGUGACACCACGCCCGUCACCAAGACGAGAAAGACUCGUCGCUCUGUCGCCCACGCACCCUCAACAACCAGGACUACGCGUUCGGCGACGAAGCGCCCCAACGACCAGCUUGAUGAGACGGUGGCGCCGAUCCCGUUCUCAUUCACUGGCGACGAUACUUCCACCGUAGGAGGAUCGCGCGCCGUCACGCCGACGGGCCAGCGCCAGGCAAAGCGACCCAAGGGUCUGCGCGUCAAGUCUUCACCAGUAAAAAAGAGCGGCGGGCCUGCAGGGGGACUUCCAAGGUUGGCGAGCGAAAGCCAGUCUUCAUUCAGAGCUGGCACUCCCAAGGACCCGGCGACGGAUAAUGAUGAAUUCUGCUCUGCGUGCGGCAACGCCGGCGACGUGCUCUGCUGCGAUGGCUGCCCUAGGUCGUUCCACUUUGAGUGCGUCAACCUGGCCCAGGCAGAGGAUCUGCCCGACGAGUGGUACUGCAACGAGUGCAUUGUACGCAGAUUUCCUUCGCGCGUCCCUAUUCACAAGGGUGCUUUUGCCUCGGCUCUCAACAACCUGGAAAAGAGCAUACCUCGUGCCUUUAGCCUACCCAAGCGCAUCCAGAAUCGUUUCGAGGGCGUCAAGGCCGGCGCCGACGGCGACUAUGAGGAGGUGGCCGGCAAAACAGCCAAGAGGAGAACGGGUUACGAUGAGAUGCCCGAUCUGUUCAAACAGCGAGAAGAGAACCAACCGGUACUGUGCCACGCCUGUCAAAAACCGUCCAGUGACGCAAGGGCGAUUAUUCCCUGCAGCGUGUGCCCGUUUCACUGGCAUCUCGACUGCUUGGACCCUCCCCUGGCUGUGCCUCCUGUGCUCAAGACAUGGCGGUGCCCGACUCACGUGGACGAUGUCCUGGCCGAUACGCCGCGCCUUGCGCCAGCCCACAAGUUCCGCAAGGUCAAGAAUGCCCAGCCCAUCACGCCCAUCUUUGCCAGGGGUAACAAGAACAACGGCCACAUUGAGAUUGAUUGGAGCGACGAGCCGGAGCCGCUCAAGAACGCGGGCUGGCCCGAUCCCCUCUCUUUUGGCCGCACAUACAAGGUGUCCGCCAACGGUGUAAUCCUGGACUUUAUCGAGCAGCUCCGCAGACAAGGCGCAGGCUACGGCGCACGCCAAAAUGAGCAGAAAUGGGUGCCUUACCCGUCCCCUGCACCACAGCAGGGCGAAAGCCCUGGACCGCUUCUGGGAUCGACGCUCGGUCGCCAGUCGGACGGCAUCGACCAGCUGACGUCGGCGCUGCUGUCCAACGCGGACGAAAACGUGCUCAGCCUCAUGGCGCGGGGCAACGCCGACAACAUUGCCCUGGGCCAGCUGGCGGACAGCGACAAGCUGAGCCUGCGCGCCAUGCUCGCGCAGAUGGACGCCAUGAGCAACCGCAUCCGCCAGGUGCUCGGCGACAGCAAGCCGCAGCACGUAUCUAGCAUGCCGACGCCCGAUCCCACGGCGGCCACACCACCGCCCUCGUUUACAGGCGAUACGAUGGCGUUGCAGCAUGAAGCCGUGCCAAGCAGCAGCCCAAUUGCGCCGAAAAAGGAAGAGGACAUGGCGGCUGCCACGACGACAAUGGCGACGCUGACGGAGCCUACACCGCCGCUCACGAUAGAUACUGUCGACGGCACCAUGGACCUCGACUAG